CUCAUCUCUCAUCAACAUGUCUGGAAGAGGCAAGGGAGGUAAAGGACUCGGAAAAGGAGGCGCAAAGCGUCACCGAAAGGUUCUCCGUGAUAACAUCCAGGGUAUUACCAAGCCCGCCAUCCGGCGUCUGGCUCGCCGUGGUGGAGUCAAACGUAUCUCCGGUCUGAUCUACGAGGAGACUCGCGGAGUGCUCAAGGUGUUCCUGGAGAACGUUAUCCGUGACGCAGUCACCUACACCGAGCAUGCCAAGAGGAAGACCGUGACCGCCAUGGAUGUGGUUUAUGCUCUGAAGAGGCAGGGACGUACCCUGUACGGAUUCGGAGGUUAAAUACGACUUCCUUUCAAUCACCAAAGGCUCUUUUCAGGGCCACCCAAUCAUUACUAAUGAGCAAAAUAUUUCUUCUCGUACAAUCAAAGUGUUAACGAAGCGUUAUUGAAGGCUUGUGACUUAAUUUUACACUGACCUUAUGCAUGUCGGGGGGUCGCACUUCUGGCUAUUUUCACAACAUUUGUGAUAAUUCUUCAUAGGUAAAUUAUGCAACAUAAUGUUAUGCCCGUGAUUUUUUUAUCUUUCCUUCUAAAAAC